CUACGGAAAUGACACACGCUGGAGAAAAAAAAUCUAGCCAGCAGCCACUCUGCUCACGUCUGUCUUUGCGGUUAGCUACCUUCUGUAGCGUUUAAUGAUUGCAUCGUUUCACACUAUCCUCAACAUAUAUAUUUUUACAAUUGCAGUAACCUCUGUGUCGUUUUUAUUACUAACUCAUAGGGUUGUAAGAAAAUAUCGAAAUUCAAGUUACCUAAUCUAUCGAUUGUUUCGGGUAUUGCACAUGAAUAUCUAGCUUGCUAGCUAGCCUGCUAGCUACAACAGUCAAAAUGGCGGACAACGAGGAUGAGAGCGAUGUGUCAAGUACAACAACAGGGGCAGAUCAUGGUACAAUAUAUCAAGUUCAAUGUGUUUCUGGAUUGCCAGAAAAUGAAACCUCUACAGAAUUGGAAAACCAGAACCAAGUCGGCGAUAAAUGUAUUGAAGCGCAGGGCUUGACAGAUUUCCUGCAAAGCUGCACAAAAGAGGAGACAUUCGUUGCAAAGGACUCCCAAGUGGUUGUCGGCCAAACUGAUGGAAAUGAACAACAACCUGAACAAAACAUAACGUCUAUUGUUGAGACUUCAGGUAUUGCAAAUGGUGCAGAGUAUUCUACAGUCAGUGCUGACUUUGUAAACGCUCUCGCACCUGGAACCACCAUUAUUUAUGUGCAACCAGACGGUAGUUUUGUUGAGGGAUCAGGUCUGACUGCAGAGGAGCAGCAACAGCUAGUGGAGCAGUUGGCCAAACAGCAGCUUGUCACAGUGACAGAGAGUGAGGCUGUUCGCCUGUUUGAACAAAAUCAAGUAAUCAAAACACUCCCUACUACUUCAUCACAGACACAGUAUACGAUUCCAAGUACAGCACUGGCUCCCAAUGAGCUGCAACAAGUGCUAGAGCAAGUGAUCAAAUCUCAGCAAUCCAUGGCCCAGACACCCAAGGAAUCGGAGCAGGUUGUGACCACUCUGGACCCCACAACUGGCUUGUUCACGACUGUUGCAGCUUCAGAGAUUACAGUAGGAAGCCCACAUCCACUGGUCACUAUGCAGAAUGCAUCACAGCAGCUGAAGAAGGUUGCGAAACAAGUGGCACUUCAGUCCCACAAUGGUACGCGCCUGGUCCCGAAAAAGCAGGAAACCAUCCGAAUCCAAGUCCAGAUGCCCACUGGAAAGCAGGAGGUGAAAGGACCUACGCAGGCUACCAUUUCAAUCCCCCAACAGAAGAACUUGCCUUUGACGAGUCAAGGCCAGCAGGUCAAAGUGUCUACAAAUGGCAGUGUGAGCAGCAGCCCCCAGAUCAUCCACAUCACACCCAUGGUUGGACAGCAACAGUACUUCCUACAGCAGAACCCUGGAGACCCUCCCAUUCAGCUGCUUCUGCAGAGUUCAACCCCUGUGGUUGGCAGCCUGGUUCCCAUUGUGCACAAACUGCCCAUACCUGUUCAGACCCCAGUCCAGCAGCCUUCUGGUAAGGCCCCGGUCAACGGCACAGCAGUUAAACCUGCCACCGCUGCUGCCACCACGUCUGUCUCUGUCCCAGCCUCCACAGUGGAAAAAGUUAAAAGGGUCAAAGCCAGAGUGAAGAAGGCACCGAAUAUCAAAACCCGUUCCGGGAGGGUGUCCAGACCGCCCAAGUACAAGGUGAAGGACUAUAAGUUCAUCAAGACAGAGGAUUUGGCUGAGGGCCAUCAGUCAGAUUCUGAUGAUUACUCUGAGAUCAGUGUGGAGGAAGAUGAGGAUGGCGGGGAUAGUAAAAAGGGAGCAGCAUCUAUGAGUUACAGUCACAAGCGGAAGGCCUUUCAAUGUGAAACGUGCGAUAAAGCUUACAUAGGCCACGGAGGUCUGUCCAGACACUACAGGCUGAAUCCCUCUCACGGUGAACUGAAGUCCCCUCCUGAAGGGACCCCAAAAACGGACAGCCCUGGUAAGAGAGCAGGCACUGGGGCUGAACAUAAGAAGCCAACUGAAGAGAGUAAUGCCUACAGUGUUAAAAAUACAUCCGGUCCUGAGAAAAGUGAUGCCACAGAGAAAACGGCUGUUUCAACCACUCAACAAAAAGUGGAUACCACGGCAGCCCAAGGAGUAGCAGCUUCUACCAGACAGGCAGUGGGCCAGGUAGUGGUCCAGGCUCGGGGACCAGGGAGGCCCAGAGGACGGGGCAGACCACCUACCAAAGGCCUGCCGACGGUGGCAGCACACCCAGCAGUGAGACGGGGGCGACGGGGCCGACCCCCAAAGCUAGGAGGGGGAGUAGCCAGUGUGGAGCAGCAGGCCCAGCGAAGGAAAGCACGGCUGAAAGAGGUGACACACGAGUGUGAUAAUGAAGAACUGAUGGAGACUGUGCUCCCUCGCCUGGCUAAGGUCAUGACUGUCUGGGAGUUCCUCUUGAUGAAGGUGGAGAAGGGGAGGCAACCCAAAGCCCAGUUUUCGGAUGUCUACCGGGAGUUUGAGCAGCUCCACAGCCAGGUGAAGAAGAUGGCCCGGGACUAUAUCAGUAACCCUCAGCAGGGCGUCCACACGGCCUUGGAGGUCCACAAUGUAGAUGUUGCCAAAUCUCUUGGCAUCGUCGAUGAGGUGAACAGGUUGAAAGUCCUCAACCCUCCAAUGCAGCAGAAUGUCACCAACAUGGCAACCAAGAAUGUCCGCUACAUGGAGAAUUCUAAAAUGUUACCUCCAACGAAGAGAUUUAAAAUGGAAAACCGGGUUGGUGUUCAAAUUCAUCAGAACGGCGUUGAGACUUCCAAAAUAGAAUCCAGUGAGGCCAAAGUAGAGAAUACCGCAUCAACAAGCAUGAAGAACAAUUCACCACAAACUCAGGCGCCCACCAAGAGCCCCGCGGACCCUCAAGCCACUCAGACUGCUAUCGUCAAACCACAGGUUGUCUCAUCUAACCCAGAGACAAAUGUAACACCCAUGGAACUGAUCCAGGAUCACUUAUCCAACAGCAUGACAGAGUCAAUUGACUCAGUGGGAGGAGAGGAGACCAUGGCGACAGGUCAGGAUGCAUCUGGUACGGAACCAACCGAGGUCCUGAGCACCAGUGACAUGGGCCCUCAAGCCACUCAGACUGCUAUCGUCAAACCACAGGUUGUCUCAUCUAACCCAGAGACAAAUGUAACACCCAUGGAACUGAUCCAGGAUCACUUAUCCAACAGCAUGACAGAGACCGUUGACUCAGCGGGAGGAGAGGAGACCAUGGAGACAGGUCAGGAUGCAUCUGGUACGGAACCAACAGAGGUCCUGAGCACCAGGGACAUGGGCCCUCAAGCCACUCAGACUGCUAUCGUCAAACCACAGGUUGUCUCAUCUAACCCAGAGACAAAUGUAACACCCAUGGAACUGAUCCAGGAUCACUUAUCCAACAGCAUGACAGAGACCGUUGACUCAGCGGGAGGAGAGGAGACCAUGGAGACAGGUCAGGAUGCGUCUGGUACGGAACCAACCGAGGUCCUGAGCACCAGUGACAUGGGCCCUCAAGCCACUCAGACUGCUGUCGUUAAACCACAGGUUGUCUCAUCUAACCCAGAGACUAACGUAACACCCAUGGAACUGAUCCAGGAUCACUUAUCCAACAGCAUGACAGAGACCGUUGACUCAGCGGGAGGAGAGGCCAUGGAGACCUGUCAGGGUGUGUCUGGUACAGAACCAACUGAGGUCCUGAGCACCACUGACAUAGCAGAUCAAAUGAAAGAGUUAGAGAAGGCCUUGGCCACCGACCCAGUCCCAGUAGAUCAGCAGCCCAGGAGUAGUAGCACUCAGCCGCAUCAGCCCAACUGUACCCUGGUCCAGGAGAGUGGUCUGACUCAGGCUGUCUCCAGCGGAGGCCAGGUAGUGGUUCAGGAGACCCAGGAAGGCCAGGAGAUCUACAUCCAGACCGAGGGGCUCACCAUGCACCUAGCAGAGGGCCAGGAGGGCGACAUGGCCUCUGAGCGCAUCGUCAUCGUCAACGGGCCUGACGGCACCACCAUGCACAUCCGCGCCCCUGAAGGAGUCCCUCUGGAAGCAGUCCAUGCCCUGCUUGGUAUUGAGGCUGAGGGGAAAACACAGCAGUGAUUUGUUGUUUCUCCAUAUUCAACCCCCUCAACUUCACCCAUAUUGAUUUCUUACUUCUGGUGGAUUUUAUUGUAUUCCAAGUGUUCUUUAUGAAUUUGUAAACAUUAUUUUCAAUGUGGUGUUUUCAUAUUUAGACAAAUUAAUAGCCCUUCCUUAAAAGUGUUUAGUUGUUUGUGAUAUGUUUAUAUGUAGAUAAAUAUCAAAAGCAGUUUAAAAAAAGUUGCACUAUUUUAUUACUUUUUAUAUAUUUGGGUGUAACAUUUUCCAAACAUAAAAUAGGUUUGUAAUACCAUGGGACAUUUAUUCAAUGGAGGGGAAACUUUAAAAGAAAUUGUAAAAGUUGUGGUUUUAUUCAUUUCCAUGUUUCAUUUGUGAUUCAUUGUUGCAGUACAACCAUUUCAUAUACUGUACAGUUUAGCUCAUUUUCCUCUUAAUAAAGAAUGUGAGAACAAA